CUAUCUCACUGGUUUUCCUGAUAUAAGUGAAUGUGUGUUUCGUAAAGUGAAGCGUGCAGGUGAAAUGUAUGAGGAAAAAGUGAGGGGUGCACUUUGGUCAGUGAACGCAAUCACACACACACACACAUGCGCAAACACAAACUGCCUACAUCAUCGAGCCCUCCAGCGUUGACGACAUCAGCUGUUUGAAGAGGAGCUUCUUCUGAAACCAGUGAGGGUAAGUGACCUUGAUUUUUUUCAGUUAUUUAUUUUGAGGCAAGUCAAGCUUUCAGUUAUUUGAUUACAAAGGAGGCAGUGCUCAGUUUUGAAAGGCAACAGUCCUCCAGGGAAGCUACUCCAACAACUAGAAGCAUAGAAGCUGAAGGUAGCAAGAGUACUAGAGCCACAGGAGCUGAUCUGAGAGGUCGGAGUACAUGCAGUGCAGUAUAUGAUGGAGCAAGGCCAUUCAGAGUUUUAUAGAAAAGCAAAAUGAAGAUGAACCAGUAUCUAAAUAAUGUGUGUGUGUGCGUACAGAUGCUCGGCCCAUGUGUGUCCAGAUGACCCAGUGACCCUCAGCAGAUGAUGCCAAGAGGUGAAUCACAUGGAUGAAGAGGCCCCAGCUGCUCCGGUGUUUGUUGAAGAGAUGAAAGAGGUUAUGACAGUGGAGGGAGAGGAGGAAGAGGUGGUAACAACGCUGAAGAUGCUGACCACGGUUGUUGACACGGUGAAGCAGACGGACGUGGGGGAGGAGGAGGAGGUUGACACUGAGAAAAUAACAGAGGAGGACAAGGAGGAAAAUCAAGCAGAGAUGGAGGGAGGAGACGAGAAUAAAGAGGAAGAGGAGGGUCGAGCAAAGAAGUUGUUGGGAACUUGGGAAUCCGAGGCCUCCUCUGAUGUCAAGCCUCCAGUACCAGACCCAGCCUUUAACAGGAGAUGCAGCUUACUCGCCAGUGAUGUGAAGUAUAAGGAAGACUUUGAGAAGAUGAGGGGGCAAAGUCUGUUUGUUCCCGGAGCUGAACUCAUCCACGCCAAGAACAUCAGCGCUGUGAUAUCUGAGUCAAAGUACAAAGAGGAGGGAAAGAAGGAAGCGUCGAUGUCUCUGUACUCCAUCCUGCCACAGACUCCUGAGACGCAACACGCCAGAGAGGCUUCAGAGCUGCAAAGUGAGAUUAAAUACAAAGGAAAUGUGAAGAGCUCCUCCUCUCUUUAUUCUCUGCUGCCAGAAACCACAGAGACCCAGUUUGUCAAAGAGCUGACUGAGAUACUGAGUGAGAACAAGUACAAGGAGGAAGGAAAGAAGGAGAUGAGCAGCAGUUUGUACUCUCAGCUUCCCGAAACAAGUGAGACACAGCUGGCCAAGGCCGUCCACGAGUUUCAGAGCGAGAAAAAAUACAAAGAAGAAGGGAAGAGAAAAGCCUCCAUCUCCCUCUACUCCCAACUCGCCGACACUCCAGAGAUACAACACGCUCUGGAGGUGUCACAGCUGCAGAGUGAGGUGAAUUAUCGGCCCAAGUUGCUGGUUAGAGGAGCUCCCUCCUCGCUUUACUCUCAGCUCCCCGACACCACAGACAUCCAGUUUGCCAGAGAGAUGACUGAGAUGCAGAGUGAGAGUAAGUACAAGGAGGGCGGCAGGAGGAGCCUCUCCCAGAGCUUCUACUCUCAGCUCCCUGAGACCGCCGAGACUCAGUUUGCUAAAACUGUUGCUGAGCUGCAGAGUGAGAUGCGGUACAAGGAAGCGGGAAAGAAGGGCGUGAACUCGUGUUUGUACUCUCUUCUCCCGGAGACUUUAGACACGGCUCAUGCCAAGGAAGUCUCUGAGCUACUCAGUGAGGUGAAGUAUAAAGAGGACGGUAAGAAGGAGAUGAGCAUCAACCUGUACUCUCUGCUGCCUGAGACCAUCGACACCCAACACGCUAAAGAGGUGUCAAACCUGCAGAGUGAGGUGAAGUAUAAAGAAGGUCUGAAGCAGAAGAUUCAGAGCAGUUUGUACCAUCAGCUCCCAGAGACCACAGAGACACAGCUGGCCAAACAGCUGUCUGAACUGCAGAGCCAGGCAAAAUAUAAAGAAGCCGGAAAGAAAGAAGUGAAUAGCUGCCUGUACUCUCUUCUGCCUGAAACUCUGGAGACACAACACGCUAAAGAGUCCACAGAGCUGCUCAGUGAGAUUAAGUACAAGGAGAGCGGGAGGAAGGAGAUGUCCAGCUCCCUCUACUCCACUCUGCCUGAUACUUCGGAAACCAGCUUCGCCAGAGAGAUGACUGACAUGCUGAGCGAGACUAAGUACAAGGAGAAUGGGAUAAAGAGCCUUUCACAGAGUGUCUACAGUCAGCUGCCUGAGACCACUGAGACUCAGUUCGCUAAAACAGUUUCUGAGCUGCAGAGCGAGAUGUUGUACAAAAAGGGAAAGAAAGAAGUGUCCAGCUCUCUGUAUUCGACUCUGCCUGAGACUCUGGAGACGCUGCACGCCAAGGAGGCUUCUGAACUGCAGAGUGAGCUGAAGUACAAGGCGGCUCUGAAGAAAGGUCGUUCCUCCAGCCUGUUCCAUGUGCUGCCCGAGACCUUAGAGACAGCCCACGCUAAGGAAGUAUCCGAGCUUCUCAGCGAGGUGAAGUAUAAAGAGGACGGCAAGAAGGAGAUGAGCAUCAACCUGUACUCUCUGCUACCUGAGACCAUCGACACCCAACACGCUAAAGAGGUGUCAAACCUGCAGAGUGAGGUAAAGUAUAAAGAAGGUCUGAAGCAGAAGAUUCAAAGCAGUUUGUACCAUCAGCUCCCAGAGACCACAGAGACACAGCUGGCCAAACAGCUGUCUGAACUGCAGAGUGAGCUCAAGUACAAGGAGGCGGGUAAGAAAGAGGUGAAUACAAGUCUGUACUCCCUCCUGCCUGUCACCAUGGAGACGCAACACGCUAAAGAAGCUGCAGAGCUGCUCAGUGAGGUAGUUUUUCCAGAGAUGGGAACUAAGAAUAGCCUCCUAACUGUUUCUGAUAGUUGCGUCAAAUACAAGGAAGGCGGGAAGAAGGAGAUGUCCACCUCCCUCUACUCCACUCUGUCCGACACGUCAGAGACCAGCUUCGCCAGAGAGAUGACUGACAUGCAGAGCCAGAACAAGUACAAGGAAGAUGGAAGAAGAAGCCUCUCUCAGAGUUUCUACUCUCAGCUACCAGAAACAAAUGAGACUCAGUUUGCUAAAACUGCCUCCGAGCUGCAGAGUGAGAUGAAGUACAAAGAAGCAGGAAAGAAGGGAGUGACGAGCUCUCUGUACUCGACUCUACCCGAGACUCUGGAAACACAGCACGCUAAAGAGGCUUCACAGCUGCAGAGUCAGCUUAAGUACAAGCAGAGUUUAAAGAAAGACGCCUCCAGUCUGUACCACCUGAUGCCGGAAACCAUCGACACUCAGUUUGUCAGACAGCAGACGGAGAUGCUCAGCGAGGUCAAGUACAAAGAAGAUGGUAAGAAAGAGAUGAGCGUCAGCCUGUACUCUCUGCUCCCCAACACCAUCGACACCCAGCAUGCCAAAGAGCUGACAGAGAUGCAGAGUGAGGCAAAAUACAAAGAGGCCGGUAAGAAGCAGACAUCAGCGUCUCUGUAUCAGCAGCUACCUGAAACUCUGGAGACACAACACGCUAAAGAGGCUUCACAGCUACAGAGUCAGAUUUUGUAUAAAGAGGCUGUUAAGAAGGAGUUAUCGUGCCCAGUUUACCACCAGCUGCCCGACACUCUGGAGACCCAGUUUGCCCGAGAGCUCACCGACAUGCAGAGCCAAAACAAGUAUAAGGAGGACGGGAUGAAGAGCCUCUCUCAGAGCUUCUACUCUCAGCUGCCAGAAACCGCUGAGACUCGGUUUGCUAAAACCGUUUCUGGGCUGCAGAGCGAGAGAACGUACAAGAAGUCAGGGAGGCGGCAGGCCGGCAGCUGUCUGUACUCUGUGAUGGCAGAAACUCUGGACACCCAACACGCCAAGCAGGCCUCACAGAUUCAGAGCCAGGUGAAGUACAAAGACGACGUGCAGAAGGAGUCCAGUCUGUUUUCCAGCCUUCCUCAAACCCUCCAGACGGAGUUGGCCAAGGAGGUGACGGAGCUCCAGAGCCAGGUGAAAUACAGGGAGGGCUGCAAGAAAGCAGCGUCCUCGUCACUCUACCACCUCCUCCCUGAGACAGCAGAGAUGCUUUUCGCCAAACAGAUGUCAGAGAUCCAGAGCGAGGCAAAGUACAAGAAGGACAAAGAGGAUCUGCCCGACACUUUAUACUCUCUGCUGCCUGAAACUCUGGAGACUCAGUUUGUCAAAGAGAUGGCUGAGACACACAGCGAGGUGAAAUACAAGCAGGCUGGGAAGCAGCAGAAGGCGUCGUCUCUGUUCUCCAAACUGCCCGAAACUAUGGAGACCAAACACGCCAAAGAAGUGACUGAGCUGCAGAGUGAAAAAAAGUACAAAGAUGAAGGGAGGAAGGAGAUGACGUCGUCUCUGUACUCUCAGCUCCCUGAAACCUCAGAGACCCACUUCGCUCGAGAGAUGACUGAGAUACAGAGUGAGAACAAGUAUAAGGAGAGUGGGAAGAAGAGCCAAACCAUCAGUGUUUACUCCCAGCUCCCAGAGACCAACGAAAUCCAGUUUGCCAAAGCUGUAUCUGAAAUGCAGAGUGAGACCAAAUAUAAAGAAGCAGGGAAGAAAGACGCGUCCAGCUCUCUGUACUCGAAGCUGCCUGAGACUCUGGACACUCUGCACGCUAAAGAGGUUUCACAGCUGCAGAGUCAGGUGAAAUACAAGCAGGAUGGCAGGAAGGAGGCGAGCGGUUCUCUGUAUCACCAGCUGCCUGAAACCACAGAGACACAGCUGGCUAAAGAGCUGAGAGACAUUUACAGCGAGGUGAAGUAUAAAGAAGGGGGGAAGAAGGACGUCAGAACGAACUUGUACUCGCUCCUCCCUGAGACGGCAGAGACCCAGUUUGCCAAGCAUAUGUCAGAGAUACAGAGCGAGGCAAAGUACAAGAAGGACAAAGAGGAUCUGCCCGACACGUUAUACUCUCUGCUGCCUGAAACUCUGGAGACUCAGUUUGUCAAAGAGAUGGCUGAGACACACAGCGAGGUGAAAUACAAGCAGGCUGGGAAGCAGCAGACGGCGUCGUCUCUUUACUCCAAACUGGCCGAAACUCUGGAGACCAAGCACGCCAAAGAAGUGACUGAGCUGCAGAGUGAAAAAAAGUACAAAGAUGAAGGGAGGAAGGAGAUGACGUCGUCUCUGUACUCUCAGCUCCCUGAAACCUCAGAGACCCACUUCGCUCGAGAGAUGACUGAGAUACAGAGUGAGAACAAGUAUAAGGAGAGUGGGAAGAAGAGCCAAACCAUCAGUGUUUACUCCCAGCUCCCAGAGACCAACGAAAUCCAGUUUGCCAAAGCUGUAUCUGAAAUGCAGAGUGAGACCAAAUAUAAAGAAGCAGGGAAGAAAGACGCGUCCAGCUCUCUGUACUCGAAGCUGCCUGAGACUCUGGACACUCUGCACGCUAAAGAGGUUUCACAGCUGCAGAGUCAGGUGAAAUACAAGCAGGACGGCAGGAAGGAGGCGAGCGGUUCUCUGUAUCACCAGCUGCCUGAAACCACAGAGACACAGCUGGCUAAAGAGCUGAGAGACAUUUACAGCGAGGUGAAGUAUAAAGAAGGGGGGAAGAAGGACGUCAGAACGAACUUGUACUCGCUCCUCCCUGAGACGGCAGAGACCCAGUUUGCCAAGCAUAUGUCAGAGAUACAGAGCGAGGCAAAGUACAAGAAGGACAAAGAGGAUCUGCCCGACACGUUAUACUCUCUGCUGCCUGAAACUCUGGAGACUCAGUUUGUCAAAGAGAUGGCUGAGACACACAGCGAGGUCAAGUACAAGGAAGCAGGGAAGAAAGAAGCCAGCAGUUCUCUGUACCACCAGCUGCCUGAGACUCUGGAGACGCAGCGUGUUAAGGAGGUUACUGAGCUGCAGAGCGAGAACAAAUACAAGCAAAGCGGGAAGAAGUCGAUGUCGUCCAGUUUGUACGCUCAGCUGCCGCAAACGGCUGAGACGCAGCUCGCCGCCAAGAUGUCCGACCUGCAGAGCGAAAGCAAAUACAAGGAGGACGGGAUGAAGAGCCGCUCUCAGAGUUUAUACUCUCAGCUACCAGAAACUGCUGAGACUCAGUUAGCAAAAACUGUCUCAGAGCUGCAGAGCGAGGCCAAGUACAAGGAGGCGAGCAGGAAGGAGGCGAGCAGUUGUCUGUACCACCAGUUGCCUGAAACCCUGGAGACGCUCCAUGCUAAAGAGGCUACUGAGCUGCAGAGUCAGAUGAAGUACAAGGAAGCAGGUAAGAAAGAGCUGAGCACCAACCUGUACUCACUGCUGCCUGAGACAGAACAGAUGAAGUUUGCUAAAGCCGCCAUGGAGCUUCAGAGUGAGAAUAAAUACAAGCAGAAAGGCAGACAGGAGAUCAGCAGCAGUGUUUUCCACCACAUGCCGGAGACCAAAGAGACCGAGUUCGCCAAGCAGAUCUCUGAUCUUCAGAGUGAGACAAAGUACAAGAAGGACAAAGAGGAUCUGCCCAACACGUUAUACUCUCUGCUGUCUGAAACCCUGGAGACUCAGUUUGCUAGAGAGAUGGCUGAGACACACAGCGAGAGCAAAUACAAGGAGGCGGGUAGGAAGGAGCUGGUUAACAGUCUGUAUUCUCUGCUGCCUGAGACCAAAGACACUCAGCAUGCCAAGGAGCAAACUCAGCUGCACAGCGAGAAAGCUUACAGGAAGGAGGGGAGGAAGGAAGCCGGCUGCAGUCUGUACGCCCAGAUGCCCCAAACCAUCGAGACCGUCUUCGCUAAAGAGCUGACCAAGACGCAGAGCGACAAGCUCUAUAAGGAGAAGUAUAAUCGUGAGAAAGGGAAGUGCAGCUACACCAACAUGAAAGCGCUGCCGGAGGUGGAGCACGCCAUGGAGGUCAACAAGAACCAGAGUGAUGUCGGCUACAGAAAAGGCAGAGAGGAGCUUCAUCACUACAGCACGAUGGCAGACAGACCUGACAUCAUCAACGCCACCAAUGCUGCUAAACUGGCCAGCGACAUCGCCUAUAGGAGCAGCACCAAGCUGCCAAUUUACAGCGACGGCUCUCUUUUGGCCAGAACCGACAUCCAGCACGCCAAGGAGGUUUCCAAACUGGCCAGCCAGGUGAAGUAUAAGGAGAGUUUCGACAGACUCUUAAAGGGCCAGAGGCCUCGUUACAACCCACUGGACUGUCUCUCCUUCAAACACACUCAAGCUGCUGCUGCUCUGGCCAGUCAGGUGAAAUACAAGACCAACCAGAACCAGAAACCAGAAGGUUCUUCAGACCUGCCGAACCUCCUGCAGCUGGAACACGUUCUGCACGCCAGCAAGCUGCAGAGUAAUGUGGAGUAUAAGAAGAAGUACGAGCAGACGAAGGCUCAGUACCACGUCCCUCUGGACACGGCUGAACAGCUCCACCACAAGGAGAACGCGGUGCUGCACAGCCAGGUGAAGUACAGAGAGGAGUAUGAGAAGAACAAAGGUCGCUCUCAGAUGGAGUUUGGAGACACUCAGACGUACAAAGUGUCUAAAGAAGCGCAGAAGAUGCAAAGCGAGAAAGAGUAUCGGAGGGACUACGAGGAGCAGAUGAAGGGCAAAGCAAUGACUGAUGUAGACCAAACACCUGGAUACCUGACAGCCUGCCAUGCUAGCAGCCUGCUGAGCGAGAAGACGUACAGGAAGGACCUGGAGCAGGAGGUGAAGGGGCGGGGCUUAUCCGGCAUUGGGCUGGAGGAAACACCUGAGCUGCUGAGGGUUAAAAAUGCCAAUCAGAUACUGAACGAGAAGGAGUACCGCAGGGAUUUAGAGAGGGAGAUCGUGGGUAAAGGCAUGGAGCUGAGCGCAGACGUCCUCGAGAUACAAAGAGCCACGAGAGCCUCAGAGAUCCAGAGCCAGAGGUCCUACAAGAAGCAGGUCAGGGAAAACUCAUACGGGACGGUUACAGAUACUCCUGAACUGCUGCACGCCUCCUACCUCAAAGACGUCUACAGCCAGAAGAAGUACAAGGACGAAGCCAAGCGUCUGAAGGGAAGCUACAGUCAGGUUUCAGAAACCCCAGAGAUGGAGAGAGUCAAAGCCAACCAGAGACACAUCAGCUCUCUGCGGUACUGCUGGGACUCCAAGCUGAUGAGAGGCCUGAUGUCUUCAGUCACAGAGACGCCAGAGAUCGUGCUCGCCAGAGAGAACGCCAAGAAGAUCAGCAAUGUCCAGUACAGAGAGGAAGUGGGUCGUGGCACCGCUGUCAUGGACACACCUGAGAUGGAGCGAGUCCGACGCAACCAGGAGAACAUCAGCUCAGUCAAGUACAAGCAGAGCGCAGUGAAGGCCUCCAGUGUCGGAGUGACUCCAGAACUGGAGAGAGUCAGACAGAACCAGGAGAACAUCAGCUCGGUGAGGUACCAGCGCGGGCUGCAGGAGAUGAGGGGGCGGAGCUGCUGCGAGCUGGACACACCUGAGUACAGGCGUGUCAGGAAGUCACAGGACUCGGUCUCCAUGGUAGCGGCCUGGUUGCAGUGGCUCCUGCCUUUGCUGAUAACAUGAGUGGCGUGGCACCAUGGGUGGGACUGACGCACCGCUACUAACAGCAACCAGCAGACAGCUCGGAGGACGGCUGUGUGCGCGUGUGUGUGUGUGUGUGUGUGUGUGUGUGUGUGUGUGUGUGUUGGAGGUCCUCAGGUGGACCUGAAUCCAGAGACUUUUGGGGACUCAAAGCUGCUUUCUGUCAGGUUCAUUGGUUUUGUUUUGUAAUAUUUAGCGUGGAUGUAGUCAACAGAAAUAGAAAGUUAAACCUGAAAGUGUGUGGUCCAGCCAGCAUAAACCGAACGCUCUGCUGAACAGCAGUGUUGUGCUGGUUAAACUCUAUUUGACCUCUGACUGUUGGAUGUGGUCAUGCGUGUGCUUAAUAGCACCUGUAACCACAUCCAAUCAUCCUGGUCCCAGUCCACUGGAGCCUUUAAGACGAGGGGGUGGGAGUGAUGACUCAGCAGCAGAGGAGGAGAGAUGCCUCUUGGUUGCAGUGAGUAAGUCUGAUCAGAAGCUGUAUAACUCAGAUUGUUUUCGCCUGCAGUUUAUACUGUCAGUACAUUCAUACCCACACUGUUUACCAGUAACAAAAUCCAUGUCCGCCUGUGCUUGCUGUUUUAAAUGAAAUUUGGAAUCUGCAGCAAAACAAGUUUUCAGACCAGAAGACCUGGAGGGGUACAAAGGCCUAAGAGCGUAUGCACUUGUGUGUGUGUGUGUGUGUGUGUGUGUGUGUGUGUGUGUGUGUUAAUAAUAAAAGAUUUAAAAAACA